GCAAAUACUUCUCUCACAAGCCCCACCACCUCUAUAAUGUCUUGCACAGUCCAUCUCUCUCUCUAGAUCUCUCUCCAAGUUCCAUAAACAAAUCAAUGGCCGCCAUUUCCAUUUCCAUUCCUUCCACUUCUCUCCUCCUUUUAACGGCCUUUUCCGCUCCUUUCAACCGUCGCCAAUUGCUCUAUAACGAUGCGCAUAGGACCACCUCAAGGCUACAAUCGACUCGCGCCGAUUAUCGCUCUUGCUGCGGCAGACCACUACAAUUUCGCAACUCCGUUUCGGCAGUGCUUCCUUGUUCGACUAAUUCCUCUACGACUACGGCCGGGACAUGGACAGUGGGAGAUUUUAUGACGAGAAAGGCGCAUUUACUUGUUGUGAAGCCAACUACAACAGUUGAUCAAGCUCUGGAAAUUCUGGUGGAGAAAAGGAUCACUGGUCUUCCUGUCAUAGAUGAUGACUGGAAAUUGGUUGGUGUUGUUUCUGACUAUGAUUUAUUAGCACUUGAUACAAUCUCAGGGGGUGCUGUGCAUGCUGAUUCUGACAUGUUUCCUGAUGUUAAUAGUACUUGGAAAGUGUUUAAUGAGAUCCAAAAUCUGCUGAGUAAAACUAAUGGGAAAGUGGUUGGGGAUCUGAUGACGCCUGCUCCACUAGUUGUUCAUGAAGAAACAGAUCUUUUUGAAGCUGUUAGGCUGCUUCUUGAAACUAGACAUAGAAGACUACCAGUUGUAGACAAUGAGGGGAGGCUGGUGGGAGUCCUUACGAGAGGAGAUGUGGUGAGAGCUGCACUUAAGAUCAAAUGGGCAGCUGAUGAUGAUCAUCAUCAUCAAUCAUCAUCGUUCUAACUCACAGAUAUUUGAAGCCACCUCUCUCUCUGGUAAACAAACACACUCUAUCACGCCUUCUCUUUCAAUUGUCUCAAUAGAAAGAAAGUGUUAAUUGAUAUAUUAGAGUCAAACAUGCAUGUGUAGUAGAAGCAGCCAGCUUAUAUAUAGAAUAUUGUAUGAUUUUUACUACAUUCUUUUUGCCCCUAUCCAAAAUUCCAUGUAUAAAAUUGUUUUUCCCUUCACCCAAUCAGAUGUGGGUGGGUGGGUACCUGAUACCUAUGCAUCAGGAUUUUAGUAAAUUUGUA